AUGUCAUGUAAAUCCAGUCCAAAUUUGAAACUAAUUGAACUUACAACGUUUUUGAAACCCCUUCGUAUUUCUCUCUUUUCCGAUUCAGCCCUCCCAAACAGCCAGUGCAGUCCAGAAUAUUAUACUCCUCUAGAACCGCCCGAGCCUACAGACCUUGAUUUCCUAACUGCCGAACCUACCCAACGGAGCCUAGUUACGAGUAACUGGGAUGCUACACCCAUUGUUCAUCCUCCGGUCAAUGGAGAUGCUGAGUCGAUUCCGAUCACCGAAAUGUUAGAGCAUGGGACAUACAACCAACCCUUGGAGACGAUGCCAUCCCUCCCAAACAGUCAGUGCAGUCCAGAAUACUAUACCCCUCUAGAAUCGACUGAGCCUACAGACCUUGAUGUCCUUCCUGGUGAACCUACCCAACAGAGCCUAGUUACGAGUAACUGGGAUGCUACACCCAUUGUUCAUCCUCCGGUCAAUGGAGAUGCUGAGUCGACAUCUGGGUCCACCUUGGUCACACAGAACAACCCAGUUCCAAUUUGCGACACCUCUGUCCUCCAGACGGAGGGUGGCUCAAUCGACACCUCAUCGAACACUAACUCGACCAAUUCUCCCGUUACCAGGAUUUUUCGAUCACUGUUGGACGCAGGCCGAUUUGUGCGUCGCUUCAGUACUGGACGCACACCGCAACUAAUGGAGAAACCGACUGGUAAAACGGUUGACCAUUCACCCAGCCUUCAAUCCACCAGCAGUUCAGAGAUAGCAAGCAGUAUUCCGGAUAGACCUUCCAGGUUGUUUGUCUCCUCACGUCCUCCCCGGUUGGUCAACUCCAUAUUGAAUCGAAUGCGGCGAAGUGUGCAGUUGAGACAGAAAACUAGACUCACUGUAUUCCACCAGGCUAAGUGGGCACACACAACUACCCAUCGUGCAGUUCACACUGAUCUGUCUCCAGGCCGUUUGGAAAGACACGCGUUGGUUUCUUCUCCCGGCUGGCCGCAGUGGACAUUACUCACCAGUGAAGAGAGUGAUGAAAUUAUCACGUCAGUAACUCCUGAUCAACGCAACCCUUCGAAUCUUCGGAUCCGGUCACUACCGACCCAUCAUCUUGCUCGAACUCAUCACUCCCCUCUCAUUCGCGGACCUAGACGGAAAAAGCGAUUUGAGGAACUACAACCGCUUUUGCUCAAAGUAGUGAACGAUAUCACAGCAAUUGACGAAAUCAAACUGCCCAUCUGUUCCAGAAGCAAACUCCGUGAAUUGAUGGACCAGUUCGUCUACAGGCGAAAGUAUACAUGA